AUGAAUAAUAAUCUUAGACAUUAAAAAGAAACCUACUUGUAAGAGGAAAUUUUAGAUAAAGGAAUCGACCCUAAUCACUUUCAGGAGUUUUGUGAAAAAAUAAAAGGAGAAGAGAGUGAUAUUGAUAAAUGGACUUUUGAAGAUAUUGUGCAGUUGGUCAAUUAGUAUAAGAUUGAGCAUUUUACAACUGAUUUUAAUAAACCAGCAAAUGAUUUGAUUCUAGGUUGGAACUGA